AGGGAGGACUUAUAGAUGGAAGAACAUUUGAAGGAUGAAUACUCACUCAUCGGGUGGUGGAUACGGAUUGGCUUUCUAGGCAAGAGGAUCUUAUGUUCAGUGGGAGGAAAAGUUGAAGCAGCAUAUCAUUGUUUUGCGUCCAUCUUUGCUUUUGCCACCUGCGGCGGGUUUAAGGGCAAAACAGAAAUUGAAGUGAGUUGUCCGAAAGGUGACAAUGGGACGGUCACAGCUGCUUUUGGUUAUCCAUUCAGAUUGAAUCAGGCAUCGUUCCAUUCACCCCCGAAUGUCAAUGUGUGUGCUGUGAAAUGGGAGGACCACGUCCUCAUAGGUGACUACUCCUCUUCCGCACAGUUCUAUGUCACGUUCGCCGUCUUUAUGUUCCUCUACUGCAUUGCGGCCCUUGUGCUCUAUGUAGGCUACACGAACCUCUACCGGGAUAGUCGCAAACUUCCCAUGAUUGACUUUAUUAUUACUCUUGUGGCCACUUUUUUGUGGUUGGUGAGUUCCUCAGCCUGGGCUAAAGCUCUUACAGAUAUUAAAAUAGCUACUGGACACAAUAUCAUUAAGGAACUUGAUCCUUGUCUGUUAAAAGCGUCAUGUCAUUUUGGAUCCGUGACUAGUAUGGGAUCCCUAAAUGUAUCCGUGAUCUUUGGCUUUCUGAAUAUGAUACUUUGGGGAGGAAAUGCUUGGUUUGUAUACAAGGAGACCAGCUUACAUAGUCCAUCAAAUACGUCAGCUUCCCACAGCCAAGGAGGCAUCCCACCCCCUUCUGGAAUAUAAUUAAAUGGGGGAAAUAUACUGUAUAAAAUGUGUGCUAUACUAUGCCUUGUUGCCAACAUCUUGAGAAGCAUUAUUGUUUCUAAUAAAAAGUAAUGGCUUUUUCAGUAAAUUGGUGGGUUUAAAAUUUUGCUGCUUUUCUAUAUAAAAACGUGCCUUUUUUAGAAAUGCAAGAUGUAAAUGCAUUUUAAAUGUAAGUUUGAACAUUCAGGAGCCUGUUUAUGAAAUGAUACUUAUUUUUAAGUGAACAAUAAUUUCACUAAGUUACCUUCUAAAGUGUUUACACCUUAAGCCUUAACAUAAACCUUCAUUCAGAAAAGUUAUGUCAUAUCAUAAUAUAGGAAGAAUGAGUUUGGAAUAUACACUACUGAUAGUUUGUACACAUCAUACCCCUAAGGCUUGGCUUGUUUAAGAAAACCUUGAUUGCAUAAACUGUAUUUAGGAAAAAAGAUUAGUAUAAAUUUUAUAUAUGAAUAUUGUUCAUGUUAAAAUUUUUUGAAUUGCAAAGAAUGGGUAUAUAUUUUGUUUCUGUUUUUCUAAAUGACCUGCUGUGCUUAUUAGGUGUACUGAAAUUGUCUUAGGAGCAAGGACUUGAAAAUUCUAACAAAUAUGUAGAGUUAACUUUGUGCUUCUGGUGGUUUCUUAGGCUUGCUAUGUUAGAAAGAGCAUGGUUCCCACAAUAGCUAUAUAUAUAUGGACAUUCUUAAUGAUAAUGGUUUGCUAUACUUGUUCACAAGAGAGGAAAAUCUACUUGUUUUCUUCAAGACCCUGUUAGAGGGUUACAAAAAAUUAAGGUUGCCUUUCACUUUUGAAACAUUAAAAUUUAGUCAAUGAAGUUGUUUCUCCUGAGUUUAACGUUGAUAUUGUGAAAAUAAGUGCAGUUCAGAUUUCAUAUUCCUUAAUAUUCAUUCUUAUUUCACAAAAGGAUGAUUAAGGAAUUAUGCUAUAAAGGAACCUCAGUAAACUGUAUUGUGUAUGUGCUGUCUUUACACACACAUUUGGGUAUGUUGAGAAUACAAUGCUUUUUGUUGUACAGGGAUCCAGACUUCCUGUCCUUACAAGAUGAUGUUUGUAUGCAAAGCACAUCUUGAGAUAUUGCCUUAUUUUUAUUGCUUUAUUCAUGGCAAAGUGUCUAUGUAAGAAUGUAUGUUUAAUACAGCAAACAAUAAAGAAGUUACAAUAAAGAA